GCCCGACACAGGCUACAAAGUACAGGCCUGAAUCAUGAUUAACUAAUUCUAAAUUAGAUACAUCUCGAGACUAUACUAUUUAUGUCCAUUUUGAUAUUAUCAAAUAUCAAUACGCAGUGCUGCAGUUCAUUGUUGUCGACGUUCAUAUUAUUAUGAAUGAUUCGAUAAGAUGUCUGAUUCCCAGUCUGCUUUGUAAGUUGUGAAUGACUAUGAAAAAUAAUUGUCUCUAUAAUAAUUACGUAUCCGAGGUACAUCAUCUAUUCCAUAUCUUCAAAAACUUAAGGCGGAUAGCAACACAAUCAUCAAGCCUUUCUGUGGUCUAUUUUUUUUUUGGCUUUAUUAUUUAAGACGAUCUUAAUUCAUGUUCCAAGUUAAGAAAUAUUUGAAGUCACAUUUUUUGAAAAGAUACAUAGGCGAUUGAAUUACAGAUUUGGCCGUAACAUGAAAACAUUUAGCAAAUUGCACUUAUGUCAAAGAAAUCUUCCUGUUGGCUAGUGAACGAAUUUGAUUGAUUUUCAAUAUGGAUAAAAGCAAGGAAGAUACCAUUAAAAAAACACUUAAAUUACUCAGGCAUUUAGAAUUUUUGCAAUAUUCGUAUUUUGACGGUCGGCCAGAAUGGACAACCUUAAAAAAUAAUGAUCUAAAAUUAUUUAUGGCAUACACAUAUUAUGACUACCCAUUAGGCGAUGAAUACAAUAAUGAUUUAAAAGAUAUUGAUAAUGAAAAUGUUAAUGAUAUAUUCAUGCUAUAUAAAAAUGAAGUUCAAAAAAAUAUUAUAAAUAUAGUUAAGAAAAUAGAGAAAUGUAUUCAACCAAAUGAUCAAAGUAGUAGUAUUGAAGUAGGAGUAACCAUAACAUAUAGUAUUUGUAGAACAGAGUGCAAAUUGUUUGAUACUACUAAUGCAUGUGGUAGUACUCCUGACAAGGAUAUUAUACAUCAAUGGAAAUUAAUCCGAAUAAAGGUAGAUAGUCAAAUUUAUUUUGUUGAUUUCUUACUUGGAAGAACAUACAAAAAUUGGGAUGAUUAUAUUGAAAAUAAUACACUUCCUGAAGGAAAUAUAUUCUACCCAAAAUCAGGGUUUUAUGAUGAAAAAAUUCCUUUAAUACCGUAUACAACGCCGGCUUCUAGAAAAAGCAAAAAAAUUUUAAAAAAUAUUGACUUAUCCAUGCGAAUCGUAAAUACUGUUGGUUCCUUGUCAUUAUUUUAUGGUUUGUUAAAUCCAUUGACAGCACCUUUUGUAGUGUUGGGUGCAGCAUCACUUGGAUCUUCUGCUAUAUGGGAAACAGGAAGAGAAGUUCAAAAUCUAAUAGACAUUCACCGACACAAACAAUGUUUAACAGCAUCACAAUUAUGUAAAGAAUGGGCUAAAUGUUCGAUUGCUGCAACUGGUAUAGUAACAUCAUUAUUACCAGUGAAAGCCAUAGCUUCAGUAACUACAGAAAUGAAUGCGAUAACAAAUACAUCAAGACUGGGAAAGUCUAUGGCUCUUUUACAACGAGGUGUUUGUUUUACCCGAUAUUCAUUAGAAAUCAUUCAUACUACCCUGAAUACCAUGGAUAAGAAAUCUAAGCCAAGAUGGAAAGAUGUCUUAUCACUCAGUUUAGAUUUGUUCAUUAUUACAGGAUCACUAACUCCUAUAAAAGAUAUAAAGAAUAUUAUAAUUGGCAUGUCAUCAGAAGCCGUGUGGUUACCGAUUUUCAAAACCAUGGAGACAUUUCCGUACUAUCUAAGUCAACACUUCUGGAAAUCCGUUUACUUUUUCAAAAUGCACUUCGGCGUGUUCGCAGAGCGAGUAAAGAUGUUUCUCUUGGGCGAACUCACGAUGGACAAUCUGCUGUUCGCGUGGCAGAAGAUCUACCGUCUGAUGAACGUCUACCAGAAACAAAUCACCGCGCUGGACGUCAGCGACCUGUUGUGGCACGUCGUGGACGGCAUCGAAGCGGACGGGAUAGAGAAGGACAUGUUGCGCGACCGGUGCUUGACGAAGCUGCUGGACGGCUUACGAAGGGACGCGGCCGAGAGUCCUGCAACCCACCGUGCCCAGGCCAAGUAUUGCGUUGAUCGCGUUGUGCGGGAAGCAGAGAAGCUGUCCUCGCUGCACGACGAUUCCGCGGCUGAACUGGCCGGGCGGGGCGAGACGAGCUCUAAGGUGGACGAGGAGUUUUGCUUGAUGUUCGGGCUGGAGAGGUGCGCCGCGGACCAGUACUUAAAGUGGGCCAUUGCCGAGGUCGGCCGGAACCCGGCCGCUCUGUUGGCCGAGUACCGGCAGCACGCUUCGCUCCCGGAAAACAAGUUCGCCGGCCAAUUGCUGGUCAGCGACACUUUCGACGCCGACCGGUCGGUCAAGGCGUACUCGCUGUUGGCGCCGUGCACCGUGCUGGACGCGGAAAUGUGCGCGCGGUUCGCCAACACGCUCAAUCCGCAGCCGCACGGGUACCGAAACCACGAAUUCGUGCGCCCCCCCGAUGCAGACGUGUCGUUCCUAGUGUUAUCGAACGAGAUCGUGUUCUACGGUGUCGAUAUGUUCGACGAGGUGCCGAAAAUGAAUGUCUGCUUUUACGGGUGUCCCGAGUCCCUAACCUAGAGCCUACCAAAAGUGGCAGCUGCAGAACGCGCGGUAGUCUUCUAGACGGCCUAGAUUGUUUAGGGGCACGCACUUUACCGCAUCGAGUCGACGUUGCGUUCGCCGCUCCUGCCUCGUUUUCCACCUACAUACGUCAGUCCGCAACAGUCGUGUUCUCACUUUUUCCCGUCGCCUCCUCCACGAGGUGUUUGUCUCACUGAUGUCAUGGAUCUAUUUUGUUGACGUUGACUCGAUUCAAAAACCUAAAACAGUUUUUUCUAAACUUUUCAAUAUGCAACUGAAAGUCAUUUUUAAAAGUGAAAUAUCAUUUUUUAAUAUUAAUUUGAAUGUUAACAAUUUUUAUUCGCACAUCACAUACAUAUUAUCAUAAACAUUAAUUCUUACUGUGAUUUUGUUAUUAUUAUGGUUUAUAACCAUAACCACACUGACUAAUUAGUGUUCAAAUAUGUUAUUGUAUUUUUUUAUCUUGUAAAGUUGUACCUAGCAGGUGACCUAAUGUUUUAUUUUUCGAACACUUUAUUCUUGAUUAUGUUUAUUAAUUUUAGCUGUCAUAGAUGUAUUGGAAUUGUAUAGCUUUAUUUUGGAUGAAUUUAUAAUACAUAUCUCAAUCGCUAA